AGAAAGAAAGAGAAGUAGCUGAUACAGAAAAGAAAAUAAAAGAAAGGUGAUUCGAGUCUUCGGCUUUUAGUGUCUCAGAAGAGCUUAUUAGGCUCUCCUAGGACGAGUCGCUGCAGUAAAAUGCCCCUAGGAUUUGUUAACUUGGGACAUCGUUAUGUGUCUGUUUGACUGAUCCAUCUGCCUGCGGCUUGUGUGGGCAAAACCUUACACCAGAUGAAGAAACUGUCCAUGGGAAGGAGAUGCUGAAAAGCUCGAGGAACAUGGCCGUCAUCCCAUGUUCGAUUCUUCUUCUGUUCUCCGUGGUCGCUGUUCAGGUUGGAGGUCUGUUUACGGACGGUCUCGGUUUUAUUUAUCUUGAUUGUGGAUAUGGACGUGAUGCUCAAGCAUAUUACGUGGACCAAUCAUCCGGUAUAACAUACGUGUCUGAUGCUCCUUACAUAGACAGCGGCGAGAUUCAUAACAUAUCCUCAGUAGACGCAUUAGUAAAGCUCCCCCAGCGAUUCCUCACCGUGAGAAGCUUCCCUAGUGGAGCUCGGAACUGCUACACCUUCAAAUCAAUGACCCCACGGCUUAAGUAUCUCAUCAGAGCAUCAUUCUUAUAUGGCAAUUAUGAUUCCAAAAACAGUUCUUCUGUUCAGUUUGAUCUCCAUCUUGACGUCAACUUUUGGAAAACGAUGACUGUGACCAGUAGAAAGGUGAGUUAUUACACAGAAACUAUCAUGGAAGCCACAACCGAUCUGAUAUCAGUUUGCCUGGUGAACACUGGUCGUGGAACUCCCUUCAUCUCUUCGCUACAGCUGAGACCGCUCAACCGCACUAUUUAUCCAGUCGUGAACGCAUCUCUCAGUCUCAUUCUCUCGUCGCGGUUUGACAUGGGGCUGACAGGUGAACCCGUGAGGUUUCCUUCCGAUCCCCAUGAUCGCAUCUGGAAUCCAUAUGCCGACACCUCUUUGACAAAGACAUCGACUAAUCUCCCAGUCGAAAAUCCUGUGGAUGAUCACUUUGAGGUACCUCUUGUCGUGAUGAAUACUGCAGUUGUCCCUGUGAACUCCAACAAAAUGGAACUCAGUUUGCUAACAGAACCUGGAGACCUCGAUGAAUACUAUGCAGUCCUACACUUCUCCGAGCUGAAGCCACUGCUCCAGAAUGAAUCGAGGCAGUUCUUCGUCUACCUCGGAGGAACCUUGCUGAAUGAUGCCAAACCCUUCACCCCGGACUACCUUUCUUCCAGCGCUGUAUACAGCACAAACCCUACUUCAGCACCCACUCACUACAUCUCCCUUGUUGCCACAAGCGAUUCCACCCUUCCACCCAUCCUCAACGCAGCGGAGGUGUUUUCUGCAAUGCAGAACACGAUUGUGCCAUCAGAUAGCAGAAAUGUCGAUGCAAUGGUGGCAAUCAAAGGAACGUAUGCUGUGAAGAGGAAUUGGAUGGGUGAUCCAUGCAUGCCAAAAAUUGCCUACGUAGCUCUCAACUGUGCCAUGCAAUCCUCCACCAAGAGGCCGACGAUGACGGAGGUGGUGAUGCAGCUGAAAGAGAGUUUGGCACUGCAGAGUAAUCUUGAUGAGACCCAACUCGAAGACAGAAACACUCUGAAACUACUUAAAGAACAUGGUGAGAUGCACCAGAUCAGUACGUUUGAGUUCGAAUGUGCAAGCAUUUCAGACAAAGAUGGUCCAUCAGCAAGAUGA